CGAUGACUUCACUACUAUCUUAUCACAAAUUCCUCGCGUUAAAAAUCAGAGAUAACAUAGCACAAAAGCGAUUGACUGCGCAAUUGGCCGGACUAUAGUGCGAAUUCGAAGCAAUCCGUUGGCGACAAAGCACCUUGCUCCUUCCCUUUACAGUUUGGCGUUGUACCCGCUGCCCAGGCGCUAAGAACAUAUUGCAGGAGCAAUCACAUCACUUUUGGUAAUCCCGCCCUGUUCUCGUAUACAGUAUUCCUCUGGGGCGCUCAAUGGCAAGCCUCUGGAACAGCCGGACAGCAAUCAUCACCGGCGUCGCCAUAACUCUAUUCGGCGCAUUCCACGUCUACCAAUCACCCAGCUCAACCUCUUUUACGAUGCCAAAUUCAGGCGACAGCUCUUCGAGCGGCGUACCGGGUCUGAAUAUGGAGCUUUCCCAGAUCUCGCGGAACCCGCCAACGCUUCUCGUUACAGUGAAGAACAACAGCCCUGACACGCCAUACACAAUUUUGAAAUGGGGUACACCGGUCGACUCCGCGGCACUGAACAUUGGUGUUUUCAAGAUUGUUGGCGAAGAGAGCGGGCACGAGGUCAAGCAAUUGGGUUUGAAGAUCAACAGGAAGAUGCCACCGCCGCAAGAAGAUUUGCUUACCGUAGCGCCUGGAAGUGAAGAGAAGGUUGAAGUCGUAUUCGAUAAGCCGUGGAUGCCGGAACAAAAGCCCGCGAAAUACAAAAUCAAAGCUGAAGGAGAGUUCAAGGGUGUUUGGGACAAGCACAAUAGGGAUGUAAGAGAAAACGAUUUGGAAGCCUACAGCGAUAGUCCUUUCAGCGGGAGGAAGUUCACGACCAAUGAGGUCGUGUUGGAGGUAUGAUAGGGACAAUCUAUGAUCAAAGAUGUAGCUUCGGGCACGGUCUUUAUGCGUUUGAUUUGUCUUUGAUUCAACCAUCAGUGGCUCUACUCUAAAUCGGAAUCACGCACUCGGGAAGCUAAAUAUACCGAGAAUACAUACCGAAAUAUCGAACACUCUGCGU